AUGCCCAUUUUCCGGGGAAUAGAUAUUUCUGUCGUUGCCAGCGCCGAUGCAAAGAGCCUGCCCGAGUACCCUCACCCGGAUGGAUCCUCGGUCCAUCUUGUGUCGCCAGACACUGACAGCGGAAGCCCGAAAGCAGCCGACUCCUCAAUCAUCUCAGAUGGAGAUCCGGCACGACAGAAGAAAACCAACCCUCGCAUUUCAGUCUAUGUCCCGUCCAUGCCUGGUGACCAGUUCUGGUUAAAAUACAGCAUCAUCCGAACACCACCUCCAGCAACCCACCUGUACUUUAAAAUGUUCAUGAACGGCGCGCUCAUUACGUCAUGGGGGAUUCUGGGCGACAUUGAAAAGAAGACCCAACCACAGCAGCCUAUCGGUGGCACCGUGGUCAGAGCUCUGUAUGAGCCGGGAGAGAGAUGGACCAACACCAGCAUGGAUACAGAAGGACGAACGAUCGGUAUAGAAACGAGAUACUUCUUCUUCAUGCCAGCUUUGGACACACAAUCUGCCGCGGAGGAUGGUGGUAUGAUUGAGGUCCAGGUGUUUCGCUCCAAAGGCCGUAGGCGGCGUGCUCCCAAGAUGGCCGAAUUCCGUAACCAGGAAAGAUAUGGAAUCGCCUCACCAAGCGGGGGACUUGUCGAGAACCCUCAAGACGCCAACUACUAUGACUGGCUUCUCAUCGAUCCCAAGGACGCCCCUUUCGCUUCGUUCCGUUUUCAUUACAGAUCAAUGAAGUACAUGCUACAAUUGAACCUCAUUCCGCAAUCCGAAUCCAGAUUUCUCCUACCCACGAUCGACUCAGACUGCUCUACAGGAAGCGAAUCGCCUAUCAGCGAAAGCGGACAACCUGCAGGAAUCGCAUCGACAACUACUGACUUUGUCUUCGAAAGUGAGACCUAUACCAACUCGGUCGUCUGCGGGCCGGAAGGAUCAAGCUUGAAUGAAAAUACAAUAGAUGGGGGUCGUCCAGAGCUCCUGGAUGUUGUCUCAACUGUGGAUGAUGGUCGACAGUCAAUCAAAACUCCCGAGGACCCGGUAGAGGAAGAUAUUUACAACCGACCACUUCCAGAUCCUCCCAAACCGAGAUCACGGCAUGCCUCUCAAUCUUCAGUCCAUUCUACUUGUCCAUCACUCACGCCGUCUGUCGCCAAUUAUGUCGACAACGGCAACCUACUAGAUGAGGAUAUCCGGGUCGGAACGGCACGUACUGUGCUCAGCUCAAUUCCAUCCAUGGUGGAGCUGCCUCAAAGGAAGCCUGAGAUGGGAGAAGGCAACUCCUUCUCUGACUAUGAGCGUUCCUCGCCCUCCUCUGUGGCUUCUUCUUCUUCGCAGGCUCUCCCACCGCCAGAGAGAUAUUUAUCCACGACCGACAGCGUUCUUGAGCAUCAAAUUGCGCAAUUCACAAGCCCUCUAGUUUUACAUUCUUCGCGCCAAAUGCGUCCCCGUGUCCCCGUUUCCGCCUCAGAAAGCACUCUCUUUGGAGAGCUUGCUGUAUCGCCGCUUGCGUCUACCAACUUGAGCGAGUCAGAGUGGAUGGGUCGUAGUCCUUCACCAGUCCAUCGAAGGUCUUCAAGCAGACUCUGGAGUCCCACACUCGGGAAGAAGAUCAUGCGAUUGGCAACAAGAAAGGACCAUAAGAAAUGCCGCCAUAGCGACCUCGGACUGUACUCAUCUAAUGAAUCCCUCGGAGACUGCGCAGUUGAGCACGACUCAGCUGAACUUACCCAGACGGUGAGUGUGCUUGAACAAGAUGUAUCUGACGAUGUCUCCACUCCACGGGGUGCAACCUUUCCAGCAGAUUGUCAGGGGUCUUCCGCCUUGGAUUCUCAUGCUGAACGAUCCACGGGUUAG